AUGGGAUCCCCGGUCUCGGCAGUAAUUGCUAACCUAGUAAUGGAAGAUGUCGAGCAAAGAGCUUUAGCCUCUAGUCCGGUCAAACCCUUGUUUUGGAAACGAUAUGUUGACGAUGUGGCCUCUGCGGUUAACAAAAAUGAGAUCGAUAAUUUGUUGAAACAUUUGAAUUCUAUUGAGCCAUCAAUUCAAUUCACUGUAGAGCGCGAGAGUGAGGGAAAGUUGGCUUUUUUGGAUACUUAUGUUCAUAGAAAUAUCGAAGGGCAGUUAGAAACUGACGUUUACCGUAAACCUACACAUACGGACAAAUAUCUAUCCUUCUACUCACACCAUCCAAAAAGUCAUAAAAAGUCUGUUACAAAAACUUUGUUUCAAAGAGCUGAAUCGUUACCAUCCAAUCGCGUUGCUAGGGACAACGAGCGUGAUUAUGUCCUCAGUGUACUGAGAGAGAACAACUAUCCUCGAAACUUUUUAAAUGAUUGUCUAAAAUCCCCUGUCUCGACUGGAUGCAAUUCCUCAGAGGGUGAUACCUCAAAAACAGGUUUUGCUAUAGUUCCAUACAUUCAGGGAAUUGCAGAACCAAUCAGGAGGAUCCUGAAUAAUUGUGGAUACAACAUUACCAAUUUGCCAUUAAAUGUCUACCAUUCUCUACAUUGUUCAACCCCUCACUCUAAGAAUAAUCUAAAACCAGGAAAUGCAGUACGUUUUCCAUAUGAAACACCUCCCGUGACCCGCCCGGAAUGCCAAUAG